GCACAUACGAACUUGUUUCUCAACGGAAGCAGCUGCCGUUGCGCCAUGGCCGAAGAGACAGAGGAAGGCCCAGGUUAUAGCCAUGCCCACUUCCUCGAGCUCUUGAAGCACCCUUCAGCGCAAUGUGUGGUGAACGAUAUACGGGACUUCGUGAACGAGUUCCCGGCUAAUUUGACGCGGGUCCAGGCGGCGCGGCGGAUUCAUCACUUCCUCCCGGAGGUCACCUUGAAACUCUUGAGCUGCGAGGCUUUCCAACACGCAGAGCAGCAGAUGGCCAGCGAGGGUCUGGAGAAGUUCGUGGUGCUGAAGCUCUUCAAGCUCCUUUUCCGCCACGACCCGGCAGAUGUCCGCGAGGACGAGCGUGCCGAGAAAGCACUGAGUGAAGCUGCAGGGGAAACGGCGGCGCCGCUGUUGCAGCAGGUGUCAAAGCUGAGCUCGAAACAGCAAGAGACCUUUGACCAAGCAGCUGGCGAGUUGAAGAAGGUGGAGCAUUUUCGGGCGCCUCGAGACAAGCUCAGCUGCUUUGCGAAUGCGAUCUGCUUGCUAGAGAAUGUGGUGGAGGAAAGGGUCUUCCUGGGGUCUGGCGAUGCGGCAGAGUCGAGUUGGAUCAACUUGUUGGCUGCUCUGAUUCUCAAGGCUUCCCCGCCCAAUCUGUAUUCCAACCUGGAGUUCACCAUUUCCUUCCGUCACCCCUCGCGGCUCAGCGACCACGAGCGCAAGUGCCUGUCCGAUCUGUCAAGCGCCUUUCGCUUGCUCUGUGGAGCUCGGAUGAGCGAGCAAGUGGCUGGCCAGCCCUUGUGGCUGAUGGAUGCCGGGGUGAGCUUCGCUUUCUUGGGGCGUCAGCCAGAGGAGCUGCUCUUUGGGGAGGUGGAGGAGCUUGUGGAUGAGUAUCAAAAGAUGAUCCGAGCUCUGCGCGAUCUAACGCAGGAUCAGCAUGGCAAAAGGACCUUCGACACCUGAGCCCAAAAAAGAAUGGGUGGAAUGCGCGCGGGCUGUGCUACGGCAGUGCACUGCAGAGUGAACAGCAGCAUCCAUGGCUUUCGGGAAGCCAAUGAAUCAUUCUGCUGUGGCGGCAUGGUACGUUACAGACCCUUGGAACACACAUAAUUCUAUAAGUCACAUGAGGUUAAGGUGCUGCAAGGGUAACAUGGAAUCUCAGGAUCAGAAGGACUCAGGCAUAGCUAAGUGUCUUUGCU